UGUGUACAUAGAUGGCAGCCCUUCUUCAAGCCCAAGCUCAAGCUCAAGCUCAAGCGUUGCUCUUUCACGGUCAUCCUGUGGACCUAUGCACGCCGCCAUUUGUGCAUGUAUAGUUAUGUGCGUCACAUCCAUGGUUUCCCUUUUUUUUUCUUUUUAAUUGUCCCUCCUAAAUACAAAAUAGCCAUAAAUUACAUAAAAUACUUAAUAGCGUUUUGUUCGUUCCGUUUGUCGUCAAUUCGGAGCUCAGCUCCUUAUCUGUUGCAUCCUACUACUAGUCAACAAUAAUAGCCAGACUCCUCAGCCUGUUGAGGAACCCCUUUUUGGCUCUCUUGAAUUGUACGAGGCCCGACCGAUGUCAGAUUGUCGC